GUGUUUCUCUCGACAAAGACUCAGUAUCAUCAAUCACUUCAUCAGAAUACUAAAGCAGCAAAAAACUUCUCCAAUAUCAAUCAAUCAAUCCUUUGAUCUUGUUCAGGGCAGUUCAAAAUGCAGCUCUCCUCUUUCUUCACUUUCCUCUUCUCCUUCGCCCUUCUUUUCCAGGGCAUUGAUGCAUUGGCUCGUUCCAAGUUGGAUCAGUAUCAAGGUCUGGAAUGUUCCGGCGACUACAAAGACGGCGAGAAAGGCCGCAUCGAGCACGCCAUUGAUAUCAAAAAGGGAAAAUGUAUCAGCAUCGACGCCCGCACCGACAGCAUCUGGCUGGGUCGAGGAACCGGCCUCGUCUGGCGACGUAAGAUGACUGCCUACUCCAAGCCCGGCUGCGAUGAAACGUACCGGAUCGAUCGAAUUUUCGAAAAAGAAGGCCUGCACGACAAGAAUGGAAAGCCCGUGCCCAAGGGAAACUGCAUCCCGGUUGACUACAAGUACACUGGUACGCCCGGUGUGGACCAGAGCAAUCAGGGCCGUCUUAUGUCCGUCAAGUUUGAUGGCAUGUAAUCUGGACUUUGCCAUGAAGAUUUAGGUCUUUGGGGUGGUUG